ACUAGCUCCUUUAACUGGCUUUAUUCUAUUUAUUACGAGCUAACCAGCUUCACCGGCCUCCCAAGCAGAAUCAUUAUUAUCAGAAUUCAAAAAGCUAGUGAAGUCAUUCUCAAUCAUCGUCUCCCAUGGCAGUCCUCUCUAGCUCCUACCUCUUCUGCUUACUGUUCUUCUUCCUUCCCUGCUUAUACUCAUCAGCCUCUUUACCCAAAGCCCUUCUCAUACCCAUCACGAAAGACCACUCCACCCUCCAGUACACAACCAAAAUCAAGCAGAGAACUCCCCUGCAACCCACAAAUCUAGUCGUCGACCUGGGUGCUUCUUUCAAUUGGGUCAACUGCGAGAAGAACUAUCAAUCCUCUACUUACAAACCCAUCUCCUGCAACUCCUCUCUCUGCGCCUCCCUCAAAUCCUUGGCUUGCUCCAACUGCUACGAACCCCCUCACCCUGGCUGCGCAAACAACUCCUGCGCCCUCUUCCCCGAGAAUUCCGUGACUCGGAAGUCCACCAUAGGCGACGCUCUCAUCGAUGCCAUUGCCUUACCCACCACCGACGGAAGCAAACCUGGUCCACUCGCUCUGAUCUCCGAUUUCGUCUUCUCCUGUUCUCGAACUUUCCUCCUCAAAGGCCUGGCCAAGGGCGUUGCCGGAGUUGCCGCGUUGGGUCGUUCAAAUUUCUCCCUCCCAGCUCAGAUUAGCACCUCUUGCUCUUCUCCGUACUUGUUUGCGCUUUGCCUGUCCGGUUCACCCACGGCUCCGGGUGUUGCUUUCUUAGGCACCGGUGGGCCCUACGUGUUCGUCCCACAACAGGUGGACCUUUCCAACUCCCUGAUGUACACACCUCUCAUCCUUAACCCUGUCGGUGACACCGUCAUCACCUAUUAUCGCCAGCCGUCUGAUGAGUACUUCAUAGGGGUCACAGCCGUUAAAGUAAACGGAAAGGCCGUGAAUUUGAACGAGACGCUCCUGGCCAUCGAUGAUGAGACCGGCUUCGGUGGGACCAAGAUCAGCACCGUAGUACCGUACACCACCAUGGAAAGUUCCAUCUACAAGGUCUUCACGGAGGCUUUCAUCAGCGAAGCCGCGGCACUGAACCUUACCCUGACCAAAUCCGUGAAGCCGUUCGAUGUGUGUUAUCCGGUGGAUGAGGUGGGGAGCACGAGGGUGGGACCAGCGGUGCCGACCGUAGAUCUGGUGAUGGAGCAGAAGGAGUAUGUGUUUUGGAGGAUAUUUGGUGCUAAUUCGAUGGUGAGCAUGUUGGGGGAAGAGGGAGAGGAGACAUGGUGUUUGGCUUUCGUGGAUGGUGGGAUUGGCCCAAGGACAUCGAUCGUGAUAGGUGCUCAUCAGAUGGAGGACAAUCUCCUACAAUUUGAUGUUGGGUCCAAGAGGCUUGGGUUUAGCUCUUCGCUCCUACUCAAGCAAACUACCUGCUCUAACUUCAACUUCACAUCCUCCUACAACAACAACCGUUAAUAAAGCACCUGGGGUUGUUCACUUUGUUUGCCAGUCGUUGGAUUUUUUUGUUUACAGCCAUUUUCCCAUAAAUCAAACAUGAAUUUAUUACCGAGGGAAA